CCCCUUCAACUGACUCAGAUUUGGCUUCCUGCCUUGUUUUGCGCCUGUUUUUCGUCGCACCUCUCGUUAUUUCGCGACAUUUCGCGUUUUUAUACUCGAUUUAAUUUGCUUUUUUUGUGCGUAAUGCCGCGACUCUCAAUGCAUUCUCCGCGAAACGCAUUUUUUGUCUACAUUGUCUCCCUGGCAGCAUCCUACUAGUGUCUGUUUGUUGCCUUUUUUUGUGAACAUGGACGAAUAAUAAAAGCUGUAUAAAUGCGCCUUCCGUCGAGGAAAUAUCCCGCUUCUGAAAUCGAAGAGGUGUGUGUGCCCUGGGUGAAGCCUGGCCUGCGCUCUGGAGGCGAUGAAGAACCCAGGAGCAGCGGAGAGCCGCCGGCUGGUCGGCCUGUUGGAGGACGCUCUGGUCAGGGAGGCUCGCCUCUGGAAGGUCCCUGUCUUCAAGACUGGGUGUACCCAGGGCGCUGACAUCUCUCCGUCCCAACACCAAGAUGUGAUCCUGUGGCUUGGAGAGAUGAGCAGGCUCUUCCACUUCUGUCCGGAGACUUUUGCGCUGGGAGUCUGCAUCCUCAACAGACUGCUGUCAGCUGUCAAGGCCCAGCUAAAAUACCUUAAAUGCAUUGCUUUUACCUCUCUCAUCUUGGCUGCCAAGAUCAAUGAGGAAGAUGAGGUGAUAGGCUCUGUUAAAGACCUGGUUGUGCAGAGCGGAUGCAACUUUUCAACAGCAGAGAUUCUUCGUAUGGAGAGGAUCAUUCUAGACAAGCUGCACUGGGACUUGUACACCGCAACACCAGUUGACUUCAUUCACAUAUUCCACGCCCUGCUCGUCUCUGGCCACCCCCAUCUCAUUCCAUCCAUCGGCCUCGGCUCCGGUGUCGGCUGGGGCUCGGCAGCGGGCCCGGGUUUCCUCCCCGGCUGCCCGGGCCAUCAGAACAGGCCGCCGGGCCUCCAGGUGGCGCUGUGGACCAGGCAGGUGCAGCACUGUAUGGCCUGCCACCAGCUGUGGCAGUUCAAGGGCUCCACGUUGGCUUUGGCCAUCAUCACCUUGGAGCUGGAGGCGCUCACUCCCGACUGGUUCUCCGUCUUCACCGACCUGCUGAAGAAGGCGCAGGUUGAGAGCACCGAGUUCAUCCACUGCAAGGAGAUGGUGGACAAAUACCUGACGAGCCUGGAGUUCUCCCUACCGGCCAACGCAGUCUACAUCGUCGACGGCGCCCAGAUCCAGGAGGAGGAGCGAGCGUGGAGUCCCGCACGCCGCCUCAGGCAGAGAGGCCGCGAGGGGGAGGGGGACUCGGAUGAGUAUUACGAUGGCUUCAGGUGUUUGUACAAGGAGGAGAUGAGCCCGGAGGCAGGCGAAUGCGACGGCGAGGGUGCAUUUGACGCCCAGAAAGAUGUGUCCCCCUGCCCGCCGCUCCACCCCGCUGUCAACUAGCAGCGCGUUUAUUGACACCGUCCAUCUCUUGAGGUGUUUUGUGAGCGCCCCCAUUUUAGAUAAAAAGGUGUUGCAGAGUCCAGUGUGCUUAGGGCAUAUUAGACUUAUUUUAUAGCCACAGUGGUACCAUUUCAGUGACACUGAAGCAGCCUGGAGGGGCAAUUGUAGCCAAUAUUAUUUAUUUACAUUAACAUUUGUUCGAUUGGAUCGCCCGACUCCAUUAACCUCUAAUCCAAAUGUUCCUCAUUCCUAAUGUUUAGGAGUCCACUUCAGUGAUAAGGUUUCUCCAUAGCUUGGUUGAGGUCAAGUUGAGUUAUUAUUUUUAUUAGUCACUUCAGCGUGCUUGACCCUGCUUAAAUGUGAAUCUGGAGGUGUAGGGAUCAAUGUAAGAAUUAACCUCUAACUCUGAAGCUAUUAUUUUUUACUUUGUGUGGGUGAGCUGGCGGCACAGGCAGGCGAGGAAGGCUGAGGGUACACUUCACCCAAAACACAAAUCUAAGAUGCUUUCCCAUUUACCCCCGAGUGCAGUCUAUCCAGCCGGAUGGUUUGUGUGAUUUGGUGACGUUUCUAGUCCGUCACAGUCUCCCAGCACCCCAAUACGGUGGUGCUGGAUGGGUAUUUUUUGUGGAAAACUCCAAGGCAAUAAUUUCUCUGAAAACAAAGACAAACACCUGGAAUAAUCCACAGCCCUCAGGGGUGAACAAGUUUGUUGGGAACUAUUUCCUCGCAAAGAGCACCAGCAAAAUAUAUGUAUCUGCCUCUGAACAAAUACGAAGAAGAGGCGGAUUGAUACAGUUUGCCAGCAUUCCUGGACAGGGAAUCGUUCCCAACUAAACUCUGGUUUAUAAUUGUUUUUGUAAAGGUCUUGCAGUUGAGUGUAAUUUUUUGGCAGUUUCAGCUCCACAAAAGAACACGCAACCAGUCCCUGUGUUUGACCUGGGAGACCGGAAACUUCACCAAAUCACACAAUCUGACUACACCAGGAAUAAGUAGGGAAAUGCCUUUUGUAUUGUACUGCUCCUUGAAGCCUGACUGAGGCAAUGCUGAUCGUAGCCAGUGAGUCGCCGUGUGGCAGAUUACUGGUUCAUGUAAGUUCUCGACCUGUCAAUGACAUUUUCCUCUUGUUGUAACUGACCUUUCCUUUAUAUCAACCACACGUUUCUGUUAGCGAGAUCAAGGUAGUGGAUUAGAGUUUGUGUGAUGCGUGUUGUUUCGACUGUACGGUUCAGGCCGAGAAUGCCUGUUUGUGGAGAUUUGAUCCUCGUUUCGUUUGCUAUGAGUUAUCUCGGUGCUCGGGUUCCCACCAGAGCCACUCAGCACUUUGAUAUUAAGACAAGCUCCUUUUUUUAUGCAUAUAAUUUUUAAUUAUAUUUUUCCAGACUUGUUUUAUUAUUAUUUUAAUCUCCUACUUACUUUUACUAAACAUCUUUGUGCUGUGUGUAUUCCUAAAAUUUAGUUAUUUACAGCAGCUACUUUGAUAAGAAAAACGCUUUAAUUUCCUAUGACUAUAUGCUGCAAAGGUUUUUAUUUCAUUAACACUUCAGCCUGUGUCGAUUACUUUGUGCAACGGUUGUAACAUAUCAGAAGCAGAGGGGUGGAAGCGUGUAUUUCUGUUUUAUCACUCUUACAUAAGUGCAACUUAAAAGAUGCGUUCAAGUACAACACUUGAGCAUGCAACGACGUGCAGUAUGACUGAAUAGAGGCAGUGAUGUGUGAAGCUAUUCGGAGGGGAGAUUACCUGACCAGCGAUCCAGCAUCAAUGGUCUUCAGAAUAUUUUAUCGGUAGAAGCCCUGGUUCAUAGGUAGUAUAUGAGAUACUGAUAUUCUGUGUUUUCAUUCAGAGCACAUUUUACUGAGAAAAAGGAACCAAAACAAUCAGCUAAUGUUGGCUUGGUACAUUUAUGGAUCCUGGCAAUGCAGGCAAAAUCCCUCUGACAUGCUAAAAAAAAAUUUUUUUAGAGACAUUGCACAGACAAAAACUGUGGGAGCAUCUGAGUCUGCAGUCUCGACUUCAGUCAUGUUGUCUUUAAUGUGAAUUAGUUACUGUAUAUCUGGUUCCUUGUCAACUCUUAACUCCUGUUGAUAUUCAGAUGUUCAUACUGGAUGUUACACCACAACAGCCAAUGUAGAGAAGUUUUUUUUUUUUUUUUUUUUCUUUUUUUUUUUUAUUUCCAUGGAUUAUUUAAGAUAAGGCAGCUAUAUCUUACUGUUCUGUUGAUCACAGAAAUAAAGCUAUGACAAUUGU